CCGUGGCGCCCAAUUUCCCUGUCGCGCGCGCGCGCUCAAAACUUGUCGCCGCCGCCGCCCUUCUUCUUCUUCUUCCCCUUUUCGUUCCUCGCGACGUGCGCCCAUUUCCACGACCGAGAGAGAGAGAGAGAGAGACCGAGGACCCUCCAGAACUCUCUAACCGAAUCCACGAGCUCCAUCCAUGGCGUCGUCCCCUCCCACCGCCGCCAAAUCCAUCGCCGACUUCUUCGUCCGCCCCGCCAAGCGCCUCCGCUCCAGCUCCAGCACCGUCCCCGCCACCACAACCCCCGCCGCCUCCCUCUCCUCCUCCUCCUCCUCCGCCGCCGCCUCGCUCUCGCCGGAGCAGCGCCGUCGCGCCGACACCAACCUCGCGCUCGCCCGCGCCCGCCGCAACCUUCACCUCGCCAAGUCCAAAGCGUCCGGGGGCGAGGCGAAGCUGGAGGAGCUGCUCGUGGAGGAGACGUGGCUGGAGGCGCUACCCGGGGAGCUGCGCAAGCCCUACGCGCUCGAGCUCUGCCGCUUCGUCGCCCAGGAGCGGCUGCACGGCAAGGUCCCCGUCUACCCGCCGCCCCACCUGGUGUUCCACGCGCUCCACUCUACUCCAUUCGACAACGUCAAAGCCGUCAUCAUCGGCCAGGAUCCAUACCAUGGUCCUGGUCAGGCCAUGGGUUUGUCUUUCUCAGUACCAGAGGGAAUCAAAAUUCCUUCCAGCCUAACAAACAUAUUUAAAGAGCUUCAUAAGGAUCUAGGUUGUACCGUGCCCUCACAUGGGAAUUUGGAAAGAUGGGCUGUGCAGGGUGUUCUUAUGCUCAACACUGUGCUAACUGUGAGGGAACAUCAAGCAAAUUCGCAUGCCAAGAAAGGGUGGGAGCAGUUUACUGAUGCUGUCAUCAAGACAAUAUCGCAAAAGAAAUCAGGAUUAGUCUUUCUUCUCUGGGGAAACUCAGCUCAAGCGAAGAUAAGAUUGAUUGAUGAAACAAAACAUCACAUUUUAAAAUCUGCCCAUCCAUCAGGCCUGUCUGCAAACAGAGGUUUCUUCGGAUGCAGGCACUUCUCACAAACGAAUGAGAUCUUGGAGAGGCUAGGACUAUCCACUAUCGAUUGGCAGGUCUAGACCAUUUGGAGAUAUCAUGUGCCAUGUCUGCCUGAAUGAAUCCUGAAAACCACCAGUGUCUUUUUUAUGUAAGGUACCUGUCACAAGGACCAUGGUCUUAGACCAUUAUUCUGUAACAACUUGAAUUAUUUGGCUACCGGAAAUCCUUCUCCGCCAACCGUUCAAUGUAUAGGCAGACCCUAGUUUUGCUUCAUUUCUCAUCGACCACAUAGUUCUCAUGUCAAAUGAUGUACCCAAAUGUGGUUUUGUUUCGCAUCUAAAAAAAAGGAAACUGGAUACUCGCCUGCAACACAGGACGGAAGCCUUUUGUCA